AAUAAAACAUGAGAGUGGGGACCAGGCACGGAAAAGAACCGAACCGCAGCAUGUAUACUCUGCAGUCGCUGGCCGGCAGUACAGAGUACAUACUAAUGUCCCGACUUGUAGCACAUUAGUACCUACAAGACAUUGAACCGUCCUGUCUCUGUCUGUGUCUCGCUGUGUCUCGCUGUGUCUCUCUCUGUCUCUGCCUCUUGUCUCUGCUGCUGCUGCUGCUGCUGCUGCUAGUCCGGCGGGCACCGCAGAGCAGAGCGGCGCAGAAAAGGAGGGGGUGGAACCGUCUAGUUGGGUGUUGGUGCUAGCGGCAGAGCGCUGCUACUUCGUUCUCGUCCUAGCCGGCGGCGCUAAGGCUGCUACUGCGUCUUCCAGCUGCCGCGACCUGCUAGACUCUGGUACUUUGCUGCUACUGCGGCACUACCAGUGGCUUGUUGUCUUGCUUGGCACUCAUGGCGCGCUCCUUGGCUUGUUGUUCUGUUCUGCAGGUGUGUUUUUUCUGCUUCUUGCUUGCGGCCAUGGCUUCAAGCCCGACUGUGGUUCGCCGCGUUCGGGCGUCCAAUCUCGAUGCCCCAUCGAAGCACCCAGCUCGAACCAAGGGAGGGAGGGGAGUGAGGGGAAGAAGAAGGUGAAGAAGAUGGUGAUGAUGAUGAUGAUGAUGCAGGACGCGACCUGUUUCUUUUUUCUUUUCUUUUUUUUUUUUUUUUUUU